CUAUUGUGUACACACAAACCAGGGUGGCUUUUUGCAAUCAAGUAAAAGAAAUGUGGGGCUGAAUUUUUCUUUUUUCUUGACCAGAAGAACCUGCAGAAGAAGAAGCCCCAGAACCUGCAGAAGAGGAAGUCCCAGAUGAGUUGAAACCCAAGCCAAAAAUGUUUGUGCCAAAUAUCGCACCACCAAAAAUCCCAGAGGGAGAAAAAGUGGAUUUUGAUGACAUUCACCGGAAGAGACAGGAGAAGGACCUGCAGGAGCUGCAGUCUCUGAUCGAGGCCCACUUCAUCCAGAGGAAGAAGGACGAGGAGGAGCUGGUGGCUCUCGUCAACAGAAUCGAGAGGAGGCGGACAGAGAGGGCGGAGCAGCAGAGGAUUCGGACAGAGAAGGAAAAAGAGAGACAAGCCAAGCUCAACGAGGAGAGGGAGAGAAAAGAACAGGAGGAGCAUAGGAAGAAGCAGGAUGACGAUGCUAAAAAGAAGAAGGCCCUGACUAAAAUGACCUACACAACAGAGGGCCGCAAGGGCGCUAAGAAACAGACGGAGAGGGAGAAGAAGAAGAAGAUUCUGGCUGAAAGACGGAAAGCCCUGAACAUCGACCAUCUGAACGAGGAGAAACUGAAGGACAAGGCCAGGGAGCUGUGGCAGAGGCUGAUGGAGCUGGAGGCGGAGAAGUUUGACCUCAGCGAGAAACUGAAGAAACAGAAGUAUGAUGUUAAUCAGCUCCUGUGCCGUGUCCAGGAUCACCAGAGCGGCAAGGGUCGCGGCAAGGGCAAGGUGUCCGGCCGGCUGAGGUAAAAGGAUCGCUCCAGAAGGCCGCGGUUUGAGCACUCCAGAGAAACGCCUACGAUCUUUCUUUUUUUGUGGUGACAUGCAACAUUCUGAGAGAAUGGUUAUCUUUUUUUGCUAUACGAUGUGUACAAACAAUAAAUGACUCAUGAAUAAA